CAACGUCAACUUUUACGGCGUGAUCCGGCUCACCAAGGCGCUCCUGCCCGCCCUCAAGCGCACCGCCGCGAUGCGGCGGGCGGGGGGCGAGGGAGCGCCGCCGCAGCCGCGGUUCGUCAUCAACUCGUCGAUCGCCGGCAAGCUGCGGGUGGCGUACCUCUCCCCUUCCUAGGAACCUUCUAGGAACCUUCUAGGAGCCUUCUAGGCAAGCUUCCGGUGGCGUACCUCUCCCCGUACUCGACGUCGAAGCACGCGUGCGACACGUACGCCGCCUGCCUCCGGAUGGAGCUCCAGCACUUUGGCAUCGGCGUCACCACCGUCCUCGCCUCCUUCCACAAGACGCCGCUCAUCGUCGCCGCCGACGGAACCUUCCGAGGCGCCGACUACGUGCGCAAGACGUGGGACCGCAUGGCCGCCUCCAAGCAGGCCGAGUACGGCGAGGCCGUGCUCGAGUGCCUCGAGUACUCGAGCGACGCCUUGCUCAUUGACUUUGCCUGGGACCCGCUCCGCGUCAACGAGGCGCUGGUCCGCGCGGCGACCACUCUCUCCCCACCAGAGGCGGAGGUCUACUGCGGCUGCGAUUCGCGCUACGUGAUGCAGGCGCUGCCGCGGCUGCCCGCUUUCCUGUCCGAAUGGGUGGUCGAGAGGUACCUCAACUGGUACGGCCACCGCGCGGGCGUCAAGCCGGCCGCCGUCGAGGAGCAGCUCAAGCAGCUGGCUGGCGCGCGUGACUCGAAGGAGAAGACGCUCUGACCUUGGGAACCCCCUCCUCUGUCUCCGCCUGUUGGGGCGGGCCUUCAACAUACAGUGGGUUGCGCGGGCGUUCGCGUAUCGCGACGCGGCUCAGAGAGUCAGGCGAGCGCGCAACCGGCCACGAGAUUUGCAGCGUGCGCGACUCUGAACUCGAGACUCUGAACGCGGGGCGUGUGAUGUGCAGUGUGUGCCGCAGACGGUUCGGGUCGAUGCUCUUUUGUGUCCCUUGAGCUCUUCCGCGGAGAUUGUUAUUUGUUUUUAU